UUUCACCUUUGCAGUCUUGCUGAUGAACAUCCGGGACUUGAACUGGAGGAGUUGGUUCACGAGGUGGAUGAAUGGGAGGUUGCACGUGACCGUAUAAAGCUAGAAAAUAUGAUUGGUUCUGGGGCAUUUGGAGCAGUCUGGAAAGCAACUUUGAAACAAUCAGACAAAAAGCAUGGAGCACAGACUGUGGCAGCAAAACACUUCACACGUGAGUCAGUUCAACAUAUUACACUAGACAGCUUUAUCUUUGAUGUGAGCACGACUGUGCCUUAGAUAAUCGGUAUUGUGGAAAGCCCCUAGUGUCAUGUGGCGCGUUUAAGAACCAAAGCUGACUUAAUUUGCUCUCAUCACUUCUGUUGUAGCGACUGCUGGAGAAGAAGGAAGAAAAGCUCUUAUGAAGGAGAUUGAGUUAGGAAAAAGUCUGGCAGAAAAUCCACAUAUUAACGUUGUCAAAUUCAUCGGCUGCGUUACGACACAAAGUAAAAAUCCUCAUUCAUUACCCUUUUCAACACGAUAUUUCGUCUUCUUUUGCUUUUUCUUUUUCGUAUAACAUUUUAUAGCGACAUUGGAAUAUUCACUGAGUUGGAUUGUCUCUUUACAGUUCACCCAAUAAUGAUCAUGGAGUACAUGCCAUAUGGAGACUUGUUGGGUUAUUUGAGAAAGAGCCGAGGAAUUCACGACCAAUAUCAUCAUGGAGAGGGUGAGGGUUUUGAGCUGCAGCCAUAUGACCUGGUCGUAUUUGCGAAGCACAUUGCUACUGGAAUGGUGUACCUUGGAAGCAGAGGGGUAUGAGAACAGUUAUGAAAUGUAGAAUUUGCUGUUACUUGCUCCUUGCCUCAUUACUCCGCUACACAUUUAGUUGUCCACACCAACUCAAGAGAAAUUUCAUUUUAGAAAACGUCAGAGCGGCUUUUUUUUGAGCGGUUUCAAUCCCUCACUGUACCUGGGCGAGAAGGGAUGUAUUAGAUAUUACAAUCUGGUCAGGACUUAAGACCACUUGUAAGAAAUCAGUAACGUUAUAAUAUAACGCUGUAAUGUUAAUCCUCUUCAAAAAUUACAUAGCCAUAUACUUUUCUGGGUGCGGUAAGCAAACGAUUGGCCUAGCAAUUUGCUUGUUCCAUCGCUAUAGUAUCGUUGGUUGCGAAAGCACCGCUUCCAUAAUGUGGGUUCGUAAAGCGAUCGAUAUCGGAUGUAAGUGUCAUUAUAUACGACACUUGCUGUCUGAGCGAAGAAAAUAACGACAAACACAAAGAGCCAUGUUUUUGACCGUGCAAAAUCAUGAUUUCCGUGCGCAAGCUACAGUUUAGUCAGAUAUUUGCUGGUAGAUAGCAAACUAAUCUGUAGAUUGCGCUGAUUUUCAAAAUUAACUGUAGGCUCUUCAUCCGUCUGUCUCGGGAGACACUGGGAUCGGCGCCAAGGUUUAGUCAGUGGUUGAGCUGCAGCGCCUGCUGUGCUGUACAGUCCGAUUCUUGAUCGGCAGGCUCUGUUGCCGUUGUUGCAGAUGAACUCCGUGCUUGGUUCUGUGGGUACUGAUGCUGCCCUCGGCUGUCCGCCCUCUUUUCUCUCAUUCCACUGCUCUUUUCGCCUCUCAUCACACGCCUGCCUUUGCAAGAAGCCUCCAGUGAUUUCGGUCUACAGCUAUAGCUCCAAAUGUGCUCAGAUCUCGUUUACAAACAACUUUGAAGCGAAGGUUAGGCCUUCCUGCUGGUCUAGUUCCAAUGGUAAGCUCGCUGUACAGUAUGUCCUUAGCAAUUCGUCCGUCCUUCAUGCGGCUUACAUGGCGAAGCCAGCGCAGCCAUCUCUGAAUGAGCAAGGAGAACAUGCUAGGUAAUACCAUCUGUGCUAGGACAUCCUUGUUUGGAACACGGUCUUGCCAGGUGAUGCCUAAAUUCCUUCUGAGGCAGCGCAGGUGGAAGGUGUUGAAUCAGCGCUCUUGGCAGGAGUAGAGGGUCCAGGUCUCGUUAUUAUACAGCAGCGUGCUAAGUACGCAGGCCUGGUACACUUUCAUCUUGGGGCUGAAAGUCAGCAUCUCUUUCCGAGACGUGCUAGUACUGCUGCUGCUUUUUCAACUCGUUUGUUCAGCUCGGUGUCUAGGGAGAGGUUGCUGGAGCCUACGUAAGUGAACUCCUCCACCGCCUCGAGAGUUUAGUCGCCGGUGGAGAUGGUUGGGGUGCUGCUGACUUCUUGGCCAAGGAUGUUGGUCUUCUUGAGACUGAUGGUGAUACCAAACUUGCUACAAGCGUGUGCAAAGAAGCUGAUGAGUCACUGUGUGCGGUUUAAGCAGCAUCUCUCUUAUCAGUACUUUCCUAACCUUAGUCUUUGCUCGGAAACGUGUAAGGUUUCCGUCGCUUCUGGUGUUAAGGUACACACCAUUUAUUUGACUGGCUGAAGGGGUAAGACAGCAGUAGGAAGAAAAACAUGCCGAAGGGAGUGGGAGCGAGUACACAGCCCUGUUUCACUCCGCUCUUGAUAGGGAAGGGGUCUGAGGUUGAGCCGACGUACUGGACGGUUCCUCGCAUGUCUUCACGGAGAGACGUGAUCAUCCUUGGGAGAUUGGUGGGGGCAACCCAUCGUCUGCAGGAGAGUAAAUAGACCCUUCCUGAUGACUAGGUUGAAGGCCUUGGUCAGGUCGAUAAAGGCAAUAUAUCUUGGACAGUGAUAAGACAGAUGAGUACAAUAUAUAAUACAGUCUAACCUCCAUAUGCGACCACCUGUCAUAAGCGACCACCUACCAUAAGCAACCGCCUAUCCAUAACACCGUCAACGCCUUACAGUUCGAACCUCUCGUAAACGACGACUUCUUGUAAGUGACCACUUGACGCAUGGUCUGAUCUGUAUCUUCACUGUACGUUCCUUGUUGCCUAUAGUAUAAAAAGAGCUAUUAGAAACAACAUAGAAAUACAUUGUAAAUAUUUUGCGAAUAGAAGUUGCAUGCAAUGAAUUAUUUUCAUAAAGUUGAGGUGUCCAGAACUCUUUUUGGAAGAGACCCCAUGUGGUUCGAUUCUUGUAAACGACUUUUCCCAUAAGCGACCACUAAGUCCUCGCCUUUUGGCUGGUCGCUUACUAGAGAUUAAGAUAUAAUAGAAAAGUAUUGGUUCCUUUGUGAAGGGACGUUACAAGGUUAAAAUGUUAUUGCAGACUGUCGGUUUCCAUAUUACCAGAUAUAUUCCAAAAAAAGUCCUCAGUACUCGCACCUUUUUUGAAAAGAAGUGAUCAAUUUUUUUUCUAACUGUUAGUUACGACCAUGUAACAUGCCUUUAUUUUCAGAUAAUUCACCGUGAUUUGGCAGCAAGGAACGUCCUUCUAGAUCAAAACUUUGUCUGCAAGGUUACCGAUUUUGGGUUAUCAUAUCAAAGCUUCAAGUAUGGCCACGGUAAUGCAAAAAAGGUACGCAGAUGUAACCUAUCAAACUAUAGCUCUUUGUUAAACGCUAAAUUAAUCAUUCUGAUGGAUUUAUUGACAACGUUGACAGGAACAAUGGCGCUCUCCAUAGUAUAAUCCGAAUUCAGUUAAAAGGGAGAGUUUCAGAGUUUUGUAUUUUAGUAGACUAAGAAGAACCCCCUUUUUUAAGUCCCUCGAGCAAAACACGCGCCAGUAAUGUUGAAGAAAAGAUUACGAGUCUCUUUCCAGUCCAACUGUUAGUAGUCUCAAUGGCAAGGAAACCACCAUUGGAGCAAAGCUAGAAUUGGCUACUCCAAGUAAAUUUUUUCAUGACUGUAUUAGGCUAUAUAAACCGCUACAAUAAAAUCGAUACAAACUUGAAACGCUUCAAGUUCUCUUUUUGUCCCCCCUAUGAAACUGGCACGGACAGAUCGUGUUUCAUAAUUUCUUUAAUAAUUCUCUUGAUUUCAACACAGUUAUAUUCUGUACUUUUCUUUUACAACUUAAGUCGUGGUAGAAAAGAAACAAAAGAAAAAUGGCUACCCCGCACGCUUUUUUUUGUUACAAAUAUUUCCGAUUAUUUUCAACUGUGGUUGACAGAUCCGUUAUUGAUGAUUUUUAAUGUUAGAGAAAAGGAAAUUCCCUUUCGUCAACCUUUAACGCUAUAUUUACACUGUUUCCCUUAUUAUUGUUUAUCUAUGGUGCGUUCACAAAAAUUAAUUUUAAUGAUUUUCCAUUAAUAACAAUAACGUAUGUUAUUAACAUCUACGUAGUAGAAAGGACUUUUGUCAUCAGCAAACUGGUGAGAAAAAAUAAAUGUAACAAUAAAACAACUUGCACAAUCCAAUGUAAUAACGUAACUUCAAUUUACGAUUGUCGUUCGUAUCUAAAAUUAGAAUAGAAAGUACAAUUUCAGCCUAGCUAGAUAAUGCUAGUAGACCUAUGUAAAACAACAGCACAUGUAUAUGUUAAUGUCUUGUCACAUUGUUAUCAUAGGGCUGCAUCCCUGUUAAGUGGACAGCACCUGAGAUUCUUUACGGAAAUCCUGCAGAACUUUCCACCAAAAGUGACGUGUAUGUUGAAAUACAAAUAAGUUAA